UGUUGAAUGCAGUGGUUGGGUGUUCGUUCAGUCGCGUCCACAUAGGCGUCGGCACGUACAUGUACAUGUCACUCACGUGCAUGCGAGCACAUGGCACUGUUGAAUUGCGCGGGAAAGGUUUCGUCUGCACCGAGUAGAGCUUUCAAUCAGGGGAACAGUGGUAAUAAGCGAGCCAUGGCUACAAGAACGUGGAUUUUAUAUGCUGUCAUCCUGUGGACCUCGGACAAAUCCAGAGUCUGUGGCCAACUCUUGUCUGGUAGAGUCGCUGACGACUAUGAGCCAAGUAUACGACCCAAUACCACCGGUUCCGCAGUGGACGUGAGACUUCAUCUGUACAUCGAAAGCAUGGGAACGAUAAAGGAGUCGACGAUGGUAACCAGCAAACGAAGGGCAACUCUAACCAGCGCUCAAAGAACACAUACGGUGAAGUCACCACCUAUAAAUUCAUCUACGCCUACCCAGGAUUUCACCAUAACCAUGUGGUUCCGGCAAUUCUGGCAAGACCCCCGACUAGUUGCCAACGCCUCGGCCAGCCAGGAGGUGGUAAACUUCAAGGGGGACCGCAUGAGCUUGAUCUGGACCCCUGACGUCUUCUUCCUGUUCGAGAAGGACUCCAAGUUCCACGACGUCACGGUGCCCAACCGGAUGCUCCGGCUGUAUCCGAACGGCACUGUGCUGCUCAGCACAAGACUUUCAAUUACGUUGGCGUGCAACAUGGAGCUAGCCAAUUUUCCCAUGGAUACACAAGAGUGCCAGAUGAUCAUGAUGAGCUACGCCUACAACUCGAACGAGAUGACGCUCACUAUUAACGACGCUUCACUGGAGAUUGACACAGAUCUGAGAAUUCCCCGAUUUCACCUCAACGAGUACAAGACGGCAGUGACCGAGUUUAGCUACGGUCCGACCGGUAACUAUAGUGCUGCAAAGGUCACCUUUUCGUUUAGACGUCACCUCCAGUCGUACAUCCUGACUGUCUACAUCCCCAGCUCGCUGAUCGUUAUCAUCGCGUGGUUAUCAUUCUGGAUCGACGCCAAGGCGGCUCCUGCCCGCGUGUCGCUGGGAAUAACGACUGUUUUGACGAUCACGACCAUGACGGCUGGUAUGCAGGAGACAAUGCCGCUGGUGACAUACGCAAAGGCUCUUGACGUGUGGUUAGCCCUCUGUCUCUUGUUUGUCUUCCUGUCUCUCAUGGAGUACGCAUGCGCCAACUACUUAAUAAUUGUGGAGAACAACCGCAAGCUGAAGAACUACACCAAGAAAUUAGGCAACGGCAUCAACGAGAAAGUGGACCACAUGCGAGUAUUCGAGUUCCAUUACGGCCUAGGAGUGUCAAGACGACCCGGCUACCGCGAACCACUGACAGCUGACAAAUUGGACAGAAUCUUCCGCUAUUCGUUUCCCGCCCUUUUCGUCGUCUUCAACGUCAUCUACUGGCCUUUUUACUUGAGAUGACACCAUGCAUGUUGUUUGGAGUAUCUUCAGAAAAGCGAAAUCCAUCCAGGCGAAAGCUCACAAAACGAUUGCCUUAACAACACAAGAACAGUUGAAGUCAAGAAAGCGUCGAGUUGUUCACGAUCCUAACGAGGUGUCUAUAUUGAAAUAUAUGUGGCGAAUGGGUUCAAUGUAACAUAUCGUGAUUCAUCUGCUGCCACUAAACUGUCCCGUAUUUUGCAAUCAUUCUUUCCAUCCAUUGUUACACUGUCUGUUAUAUUUUCGAUGUUUCCUUGUAUUUGUCUGUGUUAGUGAACACCAUAUAAUGGCCACUGCGUGUGAGACUACCGUUUUGCAAAAGUGAAAAAUUGUCGUAAACCGUGUUUAAAGUAUGCUAGUCAGCUGAUUUAAUUUUCCACAAACCCCUGUAUUUUUACAUUUCUCAAGAGAGUAUUACAAAUAGUGCCUAUACAAAGGUUUCUUUGAGGUAACACCGGUAAACACCGUUGGCAUAAUGUGGACAUUGCAGCGCGGUGCAGCCGAACUCGUACCACCCGACCGUGGAAUAAUUUUGGUAUAAUUUGGUAACCCAGGUUUUGAAGUUCACGUGUUGGCCUAUUUGGUAUGUACUUCGCCUAUAAAAUAGACUAUGAAUGAAAAGCCAAAAUAGCGUGUGAAUGCAUGCGGGCUAUACGGUAAGGAUUUAAACGUUAACGAACGAGACUCGUCUGUACCACCUUCACAAGCACGCUGAUGUAAAAAGCAAUUUUUGCGACGAUAAACUAAACCGUGGACAAGAUUGUCACUAACUACUAGCAAUGCACUUCACAAUAUCAGCUGAUUUUUAUGGUAAGGUUGUCACAUUGUUUUUAGUGUUCUAAAAGUCAAAUACAAUACCCGAUCUGGUAAUCAAACAAACAAGAAAGAAACUUAUUAUUCCAACUGUUCAUAAUAUGGAAUGGGGGUGAUGUAAAUUUAACAUUGGGUUUUAAUUGCCCUUCACAGACGUAUGAAGACGUCUGCACGUCCGUGAAGGGCAAAACCCAAUACCGUAUUGAAUUUAUUAUUCCAAGUACAAGAGGACAAUCAAUCUUUUAUUCAGUCUUUUUUAUUCUUGAUAUUAAGAUGGAUUUUCUCUCAAACUACCACUUCCGUAGAAAUAUAUAUGAAAUGUUAUUUCUUUCAGAAUGCAGUGUUUUUUUUUUAUAUUCUUCUCGUGAGAUCAAUUAUACAUUUAUACCAUUUGUGGUCUUCAAACUCAUUUUUAAGUGCUUUUUUUAACGAGAGCUCAGGGGAAUUCGAAGUUUAGCAAAACAUUGAAGUGUACUUUUCAGAUAUUUAUGAUAAAUUUGAUGGUAAAACCAUGGAGAAAUAAAACUUGGUAAAAUGCUGUUUCUAAUGUAUAAAACCAUUGUUAAUAAUUCUACAGCAAAUGCCCAUCAUUUGGUUCCCCUAAAAAAAACGUGUCAAUGCGCAAUCUUCUACAGUAAAGUCCUUCCUCACUGGCAUACACGUUCUUGUAAUUCCCUGAUCAUAGUUUUUAUCAUUUUUUUUUUAUAUUAUUAAAGUCGAGUAUGCCUAUUGAAUUACUCUUUUAAACUAAGAAACAUUCUGGUGAAAUAAUUACCCUGUAAUUGACAAAACGAACAUCCCCAUAAGUGUAUUUUUUUUUAAAGUUAUGAGCACUAUAGGCCGACGCACACUGUUUCAGCACAUCAUGGCCAAAAAAAGAAUGGUCUCACAUACGGUAUAAACACUGAUUUGUGAUUAUAUGAGAUAAACAGUACAUUGAUUUAUGAAAUUUGUGUGGUACUUUUUGUCUAGAUGUUCCUUUCUGUUGUUGCAUCAGUGUCAGUUUGUGUCUGCGUGUGCACGCGAAAUUAAAGUUCCCAGCGGACAAUUGUGUUUUACCUUUUUCUCACAGAAAUGGCUGCGCAUUAAAUGUAA